GUUUACGAAAGGUUAAGCACGCCAACACGCCGCCAGCACGCCAAAAGAACAAGCCGCAGUGCUGCGAGUCGAAACUUAGGGGAACAGACCUGAUACCCCGUCCCUCGUCCCGGUCCCUUCAAUUGUUUUGUCACUCUUCCCAAGUUCCAACUCUUCUCUCUUCUCGUCUUCACAAGUCUUUGUCUGAUUGUCCUGACCUGACACUGACAUCACGUCAACUUCCGAGGUCGCCUACGCUCUUCGCAUACCACCAUACUCCAUCUCGAUUGACCGAAUUCGAGUUGUAAGCACCGUCUCGCAGAUACCCCAAUUGUUUCCUACACGUACCGAGACUGCUUCGUUACGAUAUCAUCCCCGAGGGCGUCUCGAGCAAUGGUACGCCAGUCGAACCGUGCUACCACAAUCCGUCUCUGAACAGGAUUGGUGCACUCGUCAGACGCAGAUCCAGCCUAAGUUGUACAUCAUUGAACAAACAACAGAAGCAUUCGACAUUCUCCUAGGCGGAUCUAGAGUCACAGCCACGGACAGUACAACACAUAUCCAUUCUGUCCGCCAUGGACCCAAGCAAAGAGGGACUCUUGGGCGACAAGUCCCGCCGCUCCUACGAUGGAGAAUCCGACGACGGCUCCGACAUCGACGCCACGGAUUACCUCGAGCGAAAUGAACAGAAGCAGGAGUCAAGAUUCCCCAAGCCCGCCUUCCUUUCCGCCAGGCCGCGGGGCUGCAUUGCAGCUUUCAGAAGACUAUUUCAGGGUCGCUCGAAGCUUUGCCUGCUCAUCACCGCUGUCGUCUUCAUCAUGUGGGUAUUCAUCAGCGCCGGAGGAGCCGUCAUGUACAAGAAGUUCAAGGGCGCGCCCCCCACCGGUCUAUCGCCACCAUGGUAUCCGACCCCAAAGGGUGGUAUAUCCAAGAAUUGGGCAGAGAGCUACAAGAAGGCCGGAGAGAUGGUCGCCAAGAUGACGUUGCCUGAAAAGGUCAACAUUACAACAGGAACUGGCUGGAUGAUGGGUCUCGCGGUUGGCACGACUGGCCCUGCCGUCCACGUUGGCUUCCCGCAGCUCCAACUACAAGAUGGUCCCCUUGGGAUCCGGUUUGCCGACAAUGCGACAGCAUUCCCUGCCGGCGUCACUGUUGGCGCUACUUGGAACAAAGAAUUGAUGUACCAGCGAGGCAAGGCACACGGACAGGAAGCCCGAGGCAAGGGAAUCAACGUGCUCCUCGGACCCUGCGUUGGACCCCUUGGUCGACUGCCUGCCGGCGGCCGCAACUGGGAGGGCUUUGGCGCCGACCCCUACCUGUCUGGUAUCGCUGCCGCUGAGACGAUCAAGGGCAUCCAGGAGGAGGGCGUCAUGGCUACCAUCAAGCAUUUUGUUGCCAACGAGCAGGAACAUUUCCGACAAAGCUGGGAGUGGGGAUUGCCCAACGCUAUCUCUAGCAACAUCGACGACCGGGCCAUGCACGAGCUGUACGCGUGGCCAUUCCUCGAUGCCGUCAAGGCUGGUGUUGCCAGUGUCAUGUGCUCUUACAACCAGGUCAACAACUCGUACGCUUGCGACAACUCCAAGCUUCUCAACGGUAUUCUAAAGGACGAGAUGGGCUUCCAAGGCUUCGUAAUGAGCGACUGGCUUGCACAACGUUCAGGUGUCGGCAGCGCUCUCGCAGGUCUGGAUAUGACAAUGCCUGGCGAUGGUCUAUUCUGGCAGAACGGAAAGUCUCUUUGGGGCCCCGAGCUUACUCGUGCCGUCCUCAACGGAUCCGUUCCUGUCGAACGAUUGGAUGAUAUGGCCGUCCGUAUUGUUGCUUCCUGGUAUAAGCUGGGUCAGGACGAUAAGAAGCUUUACCCAGAUGAGCUUCCCAAUUUCUCCUCGUGGACCAACGACAAGAUGGGUACUCUCGCUCCCGGUAGCAAGACACCCCAACCGGAGGUCGAGGUCAACAAGUAUGUUCAUGUGCAAGGCAAUCACUCUGAUAUUGCCCGCCGCGUUGCUGCCGAGGGCACAGUGCUGCUCAAGAAUAAGGACGUCUUGCCUAUCAGCAGAGACGGCUUCAUCGACGCGAAGCGCAAGCGCCACGAGGGCAAGUUGAAGAUUGGCAUUUAUGGCGAGGACGCUGGUCCAGGCAACGGCCCGAAUUAUUGCGCUGAUCGCGGCUGCAACCAAGGGACACUGGGCUCGGGCUGGGGCAGUGGUGCUGUGGAAUUCCCGUACCUCGUUACUCCUGUCGAAGCCUUGAAGAAGGGCUUCAAGUCUGAGAAAGUUGAGCUGUCCGAGUAUCUCACAAACUCGCCCCCAUUCCAAAAGGACCCCUCUGUCCUGCACAACCAGGAUGUCUGCAUUGUAUUUGCGAACGCGGACUCGGGAGAAGGCUUCCUGGCAUGGGGAGGCAUUGGCGGUGAUCGAAACGAUCUCAAGUUGCAAAAGGGAGGAGACGAUCUGAUCCUUCUGGUUGCCGACAAUUGCGGCAAGGGUGAAGGGAAUUCGGCCGGUGGCGAUACCAUCGUUGUCAUUCAUUCGGUAGGACCCGUCGAAAUGGAACGCUGGAUCGACCAUCCCGGUGUCAAGGCCGUUCUCUACGCCAACCUCCCGGGAGAAGAGAGUGGAAACGCGCUAGCGGACGUGAUCUUUGGCGAUGUCAACCCCAGUGGCAAGCUGCCGUACACGAUCCCCAAGUCUCUGAAGGACUUUGGACCGGGCGGACAGAUCUUGUACCUGCCCAACGGCGUGGUGCCCCAGCAAGACUUCUCUGAAGGACUCUACAUCGACUACCGACACUUCGACAAGAACAACAUUGAACCUCGUUUUGAAUUUGGAUUCGGCCUUUCAUACACAAGCUUCGAGUUUUCCAAUGUCACCGUCAAGGGCGUCAAGGAAAAGAGCGCACUUCCUCCACCUCGCCCAGCGCCCGGUGCGGAGCCACCAAAAUUCAGCGACAAGAUCCCUGACAAGAAGGUGGCUUUGUUCCCGGAAGGCUUCCGCAAGCUCGAGAAAUAUGUAUACCCAUACUUGGAUACCGUUGACGAUAUUUCUUCGGACCCGUACCCUUACCCAGACGGAUACGAGGUGAAGCAGCCUCCAUCCCAAGCCGGCGGUGAAGAGGGCGGUAACCCCGAUCUGUGGGAGACAUAUGUCACCGUCCAGGCGGACGUCACCAACACCGGCGCUGUAGCAGGCAAGGUCGUCCCCCAGUUGUACAUGUCAUACCCGAAGAACGUGCACGGCGUGGACUUCCCGGUCAAGGUCCUUCGUGGAUUUGAUAAGUUCAAUUUGGAGAAGGGCGAGAAGAGGACCGUCACGUUCAAUGUGACACGCCGCGACCUCAGCUACUGGGAUGUGCGGCAACAGAACUGGGCGAUGAUUACGUUUGGAGAGUAUUCGUUCCUUGUUGGCGAGAGCUCGAGGCAUCUGACGCAAAUGGGCAGUUGGUAAACGGUUGUUGUACAUUGCUUUGGUUUCCACUGGAUUGAAGCCAUGUAUGUUUACGAAUGGAAGAUUGUGGGAAAACACAUAUGGGAGUUUUGUUUCUGAUUCAAUGUCGUUGUGCAUGAUGAGACUAUAUAGGGUCUCGUAAAGGUGGCUGAUCUACGCAUGUAGAAUGUGGAUAGAGCUACUCGAUUACUAUGACGUUCAACUUGAGCCCUGGAUGACUUGAAUAGCUUCUACUCGUUCUUGGGUCUGGCGAAAAUCCUGAGAGUAUAAGUCUAUGCUGGGACGAGACUGCUAGAAGAUCAGAUGCGUUUGAUUCCAAUCGAACAUGG